UUAUAGGCGUAGGCACCAUGCCUGGCUCUUUCCCUAUUUUGAAGAUGAGAUAAACUAAGGCAUGAAGACUUUGAACACAGUAAUUGGCUACCAGAUGUGUACUGGUAGAGGGAAGACCCAGAAGACAAACCCAGGCAGCUUAAGGUAUUGUCAUUGCUAAGAAAAGGCUCCAAGAAAAAAAUGGAAGGAGUUUGUGAACUCUCGGAAGCACUCUGUGAACUUUCCUCCUCUAUUUAAAACCAUAGGUGGAGAGAUUAACCAGGAACACUUCUGGCAUUCACACUUGAGGCUGGGAAGUAAAUGGUCACCUUCAACUGAUUACUGGAGGUUCAAGGAGCUCUCAGGAAGGAAGUGGAUGAAAGUCUUUAUAAAUUACAGAUCUUUUGGAAUUGAAGUCAGCAUUGACUCAACUAGUUGCUGAAAUCAACAAUUUUGUACCAUCUCCUCACAGCAUGGAGAGAAGAGACCCAACUGGGAGAACCAGGAAUGAGAACAUUUUCAACUGCUUAUACCCAAAGCCUGAUGCAAUUUUUAAGCUGAUUUGUUUUCCCUGGGCAGGAGGUGGCUCCACUCAUUUUGCCAAAUGGGGUCAAAACAUUUAUGAUUCCCUGGAAGUGCUCUCUUUAAGACUUGCUGGAAGAGAAAGUCGCCUUGAAGAACCUUUUGCAAAUGACAUCAACCAGGUAGCUGAGGAAGUUGCUCAUGCUUUGCUGCCAAUCAUCCAGGAUAAACCAUUUGCAUUUUUUGGCCACAGUAUGGGAUCCUACAUUGCUUUUAUGACUUCCCUGCACCUAAAAGAAAAAUAUAAGCUGGAGCCAGUGCACUUGUUUAUGUCAAGUAUGACUGCCCCCCAUUCAAAGGCCCGGCCUCAAAUUCCCAAACUUGAUGAAUUGUCAGAAGAACAAAUUCAUUCUUACCUUAUAGAGUUUGGAGGCACCCCCAAGAAUUUUAUUAAUGACAAAGAACUUUUACAACAAAGUAUUCCCAGAAUCUUGGCAGAUAUCAAGCUUAUUAGCAAUUACAGCUUUGACACACCCUCUAAGGCCGUUCUUUCUUGUGAUUUGACAUGCUUUCUUGGAUCUGAAGACUUAGCAAAGGAUGUAGAAGCCUGGAAAGAUAUAACCAGUGGAAAUGUUGAUAUUCAUGUGCUGCCAGGAGAUCACUUUUAUCUUCUGGAACCUGACAAUGAAAAUUUCAUCAAGAACUACAUAACCAAGUGUCUAGAACUAUCAAUGCUUGCCAACUUUUAGGGGUUUUUCCUUUAGCCUUAAAAUAGUUUUCUUGGUUAUACAGAUGUAGCUCAGUAGUUUUAUUCAGAGAUUGGAAAUCACAUGUUUUCUACUGUCAGGGUGAUUUAUUACAUAUGAAUGCAUUUCUCUCUCCAGCAUUUAUAUAUCUGGAGACAAAAGGCAAAGAGUUAAAAAAACACUUUUGGCAGUCCUUAUCUUUGUAUUAGAAUUUUUCAAUUUUCAUCUGUGGAAAGUUUGCCAAAAUCAAUGCUUGGCAAAUUAUCACUUUUUCCUUCAACUAUUUGUUUUUUUCAGUGUAGGGGAUAAAAACCAGGGCCUUGCACAUGCCAGGCAAGCAUUCUGCCACUUAACUAUACCCCUUAGCCUUCUUCAGUUAUUUUAAUGGUGAAAAUGAUUGACGGGGAAAUGCUUGGAAUUAUUGUUCAACAUAUGCAGUAAUUUAAAGCUCGAUCUAAUUCUUUGAAACACUGAGCAGUCCUAUUUAAUAAGAAAAUGUAACCUAUUGUAUUAUGAAGACAAGGCAGUCUGUAUCGACAAGUACUCAAAAUGCCUUUUACCUCAGGCUUCUUUGUAAGCAGUUCUUCUUGUCAAUUACUGGGUGGCUGUCUGUGGUCCUGCUAUGACUGAUGACUCAGGGUGAGCCUGUCAAAGGACAACCACCUAGAGUGUACCCAUGGUGUAGGUAGUGGUCAAGAAUGAAGGUAAGCCGAAUAGGCUGUCUUGGUCUCACUGUGAUAGCCUGAACUUGACUGGAAAGAAAAUGGAAUAGUUGGAAACAAACAAGAACCCAAGAGAAAAAGAGGAGAAAUGGAGAAAAUGGCCUGGGUCAGAACCAUGACAGAAACUACAAAUGGGGUCCACAGAUGCCUGCUGAAGGGAAUGAAGCAUCACUGUAUCCCUGGGGCUGCCUGCGCCCUGAGCUCUGACAGUUCCCAGACUGGGCCAUCUCUUCAAGGCCUACUUAUGCGAGUAGACCCCCCCACCAUUUCCCU